AUGGGCGAGCUUCAGGGACGCAAGAUCUUCAAGGUUUUCAACCAGGACUUCAUCGUCGAUGAGCGGUACACCGUGACGAAGGAGCUGGGUCAGGGUGCCUAUGGCAUUGUCUGCGCCGCGGUUAACAACCAGACCGGCGAGGGUGUUGCCAUCAAGAAGGUCACAAAUGUUUUCAGCAAAAAGAUCCUGGCCAAGCGCGCCCUGCGCGAGAUCAAGCUUCUCCAGCACUUCAGGGGCCACCGCAACAUCACUUGUCUGUAUGAUAUGGACAUUCCUAGGCCCGACAACUUUAACGAGACGUAUCUCUAUGAGGAGCUGAUGGAGUGCGACCUUGCGGCUAUCAUCCGCUCAGGCCAGCCCCUGACUGACGCCCACUUCCAGUCCUUCAUCUACCAGAUUCUGUGCGGCCUGAAGUACAUCCACUCAGCGAACGUGCUGCACCGCGACCUGAAGCCGGGGAACCUGCUGGUGAACGCCGACUGCGAGCUCAAGAUCUGCGACUUUGGUCUUGCGCGAGGCUUCUCUGUCGAUCCCGAGGAAAAUGUCGGGUACAUGACCGAGUACGUCGCGACGAGAUGGUACCGCGCGCCCGAGAUCAUGCUCAGCUUCCAAAACUACACCAAAGCCAUCGACGUGUGGUCAGUCGGCUGCAUCCUCGCCGAGCUGCUCGGCGGACGCCCGUUCUUCAAGGGCAGGGACUACGUCGACCAGCUCAACCAGAUUCUGCACAUCCUGGGUACCCCUAACGAGGAGACCCUGUCCCGUAUUGGCUCGCCCCGCGCCCAAGAAUACGUUCGUAACCUCCCUUACAUGGCCAAGAAACCCUUCCACACCCUCUUCCCCAACGCCAACCCCGAAGCCCUUGACCUACUCGACAAGAUGCUGGCCUUCGACCCCUCCAAACGCAUCACCGUCGAAGAGGCCCUCGCCCACCCCUACCUCGCCAUCUGGCACGACCCCAGCGACGAGCCCGAGUGUCCCUCUGUCUUCAACUUCGACUUCGAGGCCGUCGACGACAUCAACGAGAUGCGCAAGAUGAUCCUCGACGAGGUCUUCCGCUUCCGCCAGCUCGUGCGCACUGCGCCUGGCGCCACGGGCCACGGGUUGCAGGUUAAUGUUCAAGCUGUGCCGGUCCCCAUGCCCCAGGGCCCUGCGCAGCAGUGGACCGCGGAUGAUCCGCGCCCGCAGGAGUAUACCGAGAUGCAGGGGCUUGAGGGCGAGCUUGCGAGGCGAUGA